CCCAUUGAAGUCUGUUGUCGUCGGGUUGGGGGCGAUGGGGUGGACGAGAUUAAUGAAAUAAAGAAAAAAGGCGACAUCCAGAAACCAUCACUCUUGAGCCCCUCCCAGUCCAUGAUUUGCGGAUUCAAGGCUUGACAAAGAGACCGACCAUUCAGGAUGAAAGUAAUCAGCGCUGCAGCUCUUGGCGCCCUGUUCUGCACCAUUGUGUCAGCAUCUUUGAAAGUCAAAGAGGAACACAGGACAGCCUUCUUUGGGGAGGACAUUCACAUCGACAUCCUGCCUGGGAACGUUAGUGAGGUUGUGUUCAAACCCAGAACCAAUCACUCUGCUGAGGUGGUUCUGCUGCGAGCAGGCCAGGUGGUGAGUCCACGGGGCCGUCUUACCACUCUAGGCCACCUGGUGGUGGAGGACGUGCAGGAGGAGGACGAGGGGGUGUAUAUCACCAGGAACAUCAACCAUCCCAACACAGUCAAGCACCUCAGCCUCAUUGUCAGGGACUGCGCUUUGGAGCAAGUGGUGAAAUACGGAGAAACUUACUACAUCCAUCUCAACCAUGUGGAAUGCCCCAUCACACUGGAGUUCAGGCCUAGUCUGGUUCAGCCCAAUCAGACUGAGAUACAUCAUGCAACAGAGCCUCCACCUGUGAUGCUGUAUAACAAGACAGAAGUUCUGGCAGAAGAAUAUGUGGGACGUCUCAGCGUGUCAGAAAAACGGGUGACACUGCACUCGGUCAGGAUGACGGACGAGGGGAGCUUUACAGUGCUGGACCUUGAGGGCAAAAUCAGGAGGAGGAACUGUCUGAAUGUCAGAGAGCACCAGAACUUCAUCCACCUCUCCAACAGAGAAAAUCUGAAGAUGAAACUCUAUGUGGACCAUUCCAAUCUUAACAUCGUCUACAGGCCCAAAUCAGAUAAUCAGGACCGGGUCAUCCUGAACCAGGGGGUCCUGGUGACACCGCUGGACCCUCAGCUGGAGGGCAGGUUGAGUGUGGAGGGAUCAGAGCUCAUCAUGAAAAAGGUCCACCUGUCCGACAUGGGCGUCUUCAUUGUGACAGACCGGGCUGGGUUUCCUGUGGCUCAUGUCUACUUAGAGGUUGAUGCCUACAGGCUGCCUCCUCUGACUGUAGCCAUCCUCUCCCUGCUGAGCGUGAUCGCCUUCAUGCUGCUGGUGUGCCUGCUGUCCUGCCUCUAUAGAGUGCACAAGAGGAACGAGAAGAACAAGAAGCUGACGCUCCUUGCUCAACAGGCUGGCAAGGGAGACGGCGAGGCUUUCAGACAGGUGGUCCAUGAGGCUUACACCAGGUUCACUGAGGAAUCUCUGAUGCAGUCUGUGUGUGAGAAGCCAUCAGAGAGCACAGAGGUCACCAUAAAGGGCCUUGAGGUCUCCAAACCAGGUCGCUACCAUACUCUCUCCUCAGACAAUUUCCUGGAGAUGAGCGACUCUGGGGUGGAGUUCACUAGCUCUGGCCUUCCACUGGACAGCGACACUGAUGCUGCGAUGACCUACGCCUCCCACAAGCCUCUCCUGAAUGCCGUCUCUCCUACAGCCGUGACUGAAGAAGUUCACUCCGACAGCCAGGAGGCCACAGCGGUUCCCCAAGGCGACCUCAGCGCCAGCCGGACCCCUGACUCCGCCGUGAGUGCCAGCCCUGCCUCUAAUCCUCGCUCACUUGCAGCCGCCACCCCUGACGGCAGCCUGCAUGGUGCUGCAUCGCCAGGAGCGGCCUCCAGGGGCACCGCUGGGUCAGAUUCAGCCAAGACAGAGGGAGGGGCUCAGAGUGAGGAAGCUGGGCAGACGGAGGAAUCAGCUCUGAGCACCUGAGCGGAUCCACCAGGGUGUAUUUUUUUUAGCUCACAGUCCUAAUACAGUAAUGACAUCCACAACAAUCUGGCUCUGUUGAUCAUAUCCAAACACCACCAAGUCCUUCAUUGAAACAACAUCACAGACAAAAUACUCAUGCUUGGAAUCAGAUGUCAGUUUGCCUAAAAGAGAAUAAUAAAACGGCAGUUACACAAAAUGCACAAUACAACAUUUAAUGCACUGAGCACUGGAAAAAUUAGAUGCAAAAGAGAAACCCCAAGCUGUAUCAAAAGAACAAAGCCAAAUCUGUGCAUAUGGAAAAUGCAUGCAUUUAAAUGAAACAUUAAAGUAGAUAUUAUAGUUCAGCUCUACAGGAAAAUGCUGACAUUAGAGUAGACUGACUGCAUGCGAGCUUCAAUGGGCUGAGGACACACAAGCUCAAAAAGAAGUUACAGUAAUGUGAAAAGGGUAAAACACUCUCAGCACUUUCAGGAAAACACUGAAAUGGGAUCAAAUAAUUUCACCUCCUGUCGAAAGGUUGUCAAAAAAAA